AUGAAAAGGUCGAAAUAUUCUUAUCGAUCUCCAUCAGUUUCAUCAGCAACUUCAAGUCAACGAAUUCGUACAAAUAAAUUAAAAUCUUCUGCAUCAUCGGACUAUGAAUUUGUUGGUCGAUUGGUAACACGUGAACAACCAAUUAUUCGAAAAGAACAUUCAAUAAAACAAAAUCUUGUUUUUCCUCAAAAUAAACAAAAAUUUUAUCAUUCAAUGGCGUCUCAUGGUCGAAAAAUUUACGAAGAUAUACCAGUUUCAUCGAGUGAUGAUGAUUUGGAUGGUUUAAGUAAACCAUUAGGUGUUAUACGAAUUAGUGAUCGACAUUUUCGAGAAAUCUAUCGAUUACCAACACCACCACCUUCGGUUAAACGAGUUUAUCAUCGUCUUAAAUCACCUGAACCUAAAGUAAUUGAACGAGUAUUUGUUCGUCGUCCUCCACCACAAAUUAUUGAGAAUAUUAUCGAAAUACCACCAGAAAAAGUUCGUAUAAUACAUAAAGAAAAAUAUUUAGGAAAAUCAACACCAAUUACACGAUCAAAAAUAGUACGGUUAAAAUCACGUCAACAGCGUCUGAGAGAAGAAGAAGAAGAAGAACAACAACAACAACAACAACAGCAAACUUUUAUUCCUUUUGAAGAAUACCCUCAACAACAACAGCAAAAUUUUAUUCCCUUUGAAGAAUAUUCUCAACAAACAACAACAAUGCCGUCUACUACAUUUCAACAAUCACCAGGAACAACACUUGUUUAUCCUCCACAAUCAAAUAUGCGUACGGUUGGUUACAUUGAAUCAACAGUUCCACCACAUAUGAUGUUUAAUUCGAAAAAUCCUCUUCAAAUCUCAGCUAAACAAAUUUCCAAUGAUCCAAUGAUACAACCAACACCCUAUGAUUAUCCAUCACAACAAGCACCUAUUCAUCAUAUGGGUCCAUCAACACCUUAUAAUUAUCCAUCACAACAAGCACCUAUUCAUCACAUGGGUCCAUCAACACCUUAUAAUUAUCCAUCACAACAAGCACCUAUUCAUCACAUGGGUCAACCAACACCUUAUAAUUAUCUACCACAAUAA